AUGAGGCCCAGUCCUGAACCCCCGGAUAGGCGCGCGGAGGUGCAGCCGUGCCGGGACCGGGAGGUGCUGGAGGGGGUGGGCUCUUUCCUCUUGGGCCUGCCCGACCUCACGGAGACUUUCACCGUGUUCCCCUUCCACGCGGCGGUCAGGGAACCGGGCCCCGGGGGCCGGACCCGCCUGGGGGGCCUGAUCCGGGCCGUGGAGAUGCUGGAGACCCUGUGCGUCAACCUGGUGCUGCAGCCCUGGAAGAGGGAGAUCCGGGUCCUGAAGCCCUGGAAGAGAGAGAUCCGGGUCCUGAAGCCCUGGAAGAGGGAGAUCCGGGUCCUGAAGCCCUGGAAGAGGGAGAUCCGGGUCCUGAAGUCUUUUGUCCUAUUUUUACAGAGGCUAACCCUGCCUCUGGUUCUGUCUCAGACCUUUACAGGUCCAUACGUGUACUGUCUGCUGCCGGUUCUCAGCGCCUCCACCAUCCAGUCUGUCCUGGCCUCUAUUGGCUACCUGCCCCAUGGCGACGCCCCUCAGAGUGAGUUCAGGCUCUCAGCAGAGGCCAGUGCAGACGGAGCAUUGCGGAUGGGCUUUGAGCUGCUGGUUGCCAGGUUGGAAUGCUACCGCCUCCUGGAGGUCCUGACCAAAGACCAUGUGGGGCCACAGGAAUGGUUGGAGCUUCUCCACAGAAGAGAACAGCCAACACAACUGUUGGAGAACACAGAAAAGAAGCCAACAAAAGCACCAAAGAAAGGCCCAGAGGAGGAAGAAGAGGAGGAGGAGGACAGGAAUAAGCCUGGAGGCCCUGUGGACCAGUCCAUAAUGGAGAUGCAGAGGACCUACCCGGACCUGGCCUUCAGGGGCCGGCCCCUGCUGGCAGAUCCAGAUCCAGACCCAGAUCCAGACCCAGACCAGGACCCAGACCAGGACCCAGACCAGGACCCAGACCAGGACCCAGACCAGGACCCAGAAAGAGUCGAUGAAGGCCUGACUCCCCCCUGCUCUCCUUGGAAGGAAGACAACAUAGUGAGUCAGGAGCCUAAAGCCUCUCUA